AUGCAUGGAGGAGAAGGUUGGAUGGUGAUGUUGAUCUGUGGGAUCCACAACCAUGAAUUGGCAAAGACCUUAGUUGGACAUCCAUAUGCUGGGAGAUUGACAAAUGAUGAGAAGAAUAUCAUUGCUGAUAUGACAAAGUCGAAUGUGAAACCAAGAAACAUCCUGCUAACAUUGAAGGAGCACAACGCCAACAGUUGCACCACAAUCAAACAAAUCUACAAUGCAAGAAGUGCAUAUUGUUCUUCAAUCAGAGGAGAUGACACUGAAAUGCAACACCUAAUGAGGCUUCUUGAACGUGAUCAAUACAUUCAUUGGCAUAGAUUGAAGGAUGAGGUUGUGGGGCAUGAUUUGUUUUGUUGUCACCCAGAUGCAGUUAAGUUAUGGAUGACUUUCUCUGUUGGGUUUGCAUACCUAAAGGGUGUGCAUGUGAACAAUCUUGUAUGGGCAUUGGAACGGUUUUGA